ACCCAACCCUGCUUUUCCUGUCUGUUCAUGUGAACAAAAGUCUGUUUAUUCAAGAAGCAUUAGUUGGAGAGUGUGCCUACAGGGAGACAGACAAUGCUUUCCUACUGUCCUAUUUGUGGAAAGCCAGUCUACUUUGCUGAGCGGAGGCGUUCUCUCGGCAAGGACUACCAUCCCCUCUGCCUGAAGUGCCACCACUGCAAACGGCAACUCACUCCUGGCCAGCACGCUGAGCAUGAUGACAAGCCUUAUUGCACCCAUUGCUAUCUUCAGCGUUUUGGACCAAGAGGAGCAAGACCUUCAAGAUUGCGUUCAUCCUUUGGUGCUUCUACUUCCCGAGUUCCAGCACAAAUCUGAAAAUCCAGCUAGAUGCCUGGCUUUUGUUAUGCUGCAGAAGUAGCAUUUUAUAAAACAAUAUGCCAAGUUCACAUUUAAAGGACUUUAUCUCUGGGUUAUAAAUAUGAGUCCAAAUAAGUUGAGACAGUUUCUCGAAGAGUGUUAACGCUACAGCUGCUUCGGAUAGCAGCUGUGAUAAAUACAUUUUCAAUAGGUUGCAGUUAAUAUCUGCAAAAAAGGUACUAUCUUUUGAUAUGUGCAGUGUUUCAAUGAACAAUUUAGUUCUGGGCCUUUUAGUCAGCAUUACAUCUUUUUUCCUUUUCAUUCAGAAAUGAAGCAAAAAAAAAAGUUGAAUGCACAUCUCUUGGCCCAAUUUCACAAUCAAUCCAGGUAGUCAUAGGCCUAUUCAUGUAUGUGCUGGCGAUGGGAAAUAUGAAUUGAGUUUUCAUGUUCAAUAUAUGUUUAAUGUUUCAUGCAAUAUUUUCCUAGAGGUUUGAACAUGAGCUCUAGGAACAUGAGGUAAACAUCAGCAAUAAGAACAUGCCGAAACAAGUUCUCCAUUGUCCCUAAUUCAUAUAAUUGGCAUUCUGUCAUUAGCAACCACUUAUGGGAACCAUAGGUUUAAUCCAUGCAAUCCUACAGUGUAAGCACUAAACCCAGCAUGAUUUACUUUUGAGAAAAUGUACUGCAUUAUGCUGUAAGAUAAUCCUCAGAUUUAUAUAUAAUGAAACUACAUCUCACUAUAAAGAACUAAUGGCAAUCAAGCCACAUUUCCAACACAAAUAUUCACUUUUUUGCUGUUGCUUUCAUGUAUUAUGUCAAGAGGUUUCUCAACCAACCAACCAAGGUAGUUUUCCAUUGACAGAGUGGUGUGCUUUUUAUGUGGAAUAGACUUGAUACGAUUUGACAGCUUUUGAGAUUUGAAUUGAGUUUUGAUCGAUCAAUCUAUUGUUCACCCCCUUGAGUGUUUAAAUAAGUAGAAAUUCGGGCAUAAUUUUAUACCAAAUAAGGAAAUAGUUUGAGCAGGUACUGUUACUUCUGAGAGCCCAGAUCUACAUGAUCACCUUAGGUAAAUGAAGGAAUAAAUGUA